CACGUCCCUGAAACCCGGAAUCUUUUUGCAGUAGUCUCUUCGUUUGUCGGUCAGCUAGCGCUGAUCUUUACUCGUGUUCUUCGGGGCCCCAAUGUCGCAAAUCCGCUUUUCUGCUGCCUCUCUCUUCAUGGUAUUUUCGGGAUCGCCAUGGAAAGGGACUAUGGAUAUUACAUCCAUCUUCUCGACGAUUCGGCGUGGCAUUUGCGAGUGUAACAUACAUCUACAUAAACCGGCAUAUGGUCUAGCAGCAUCUUAGGUCAUCUCUCCACACACUACCUUCUCAGCGCUUUGCUGGACUUUUGUAUCGAACCAUGGAUCAGGGAGAGAAGCAUGCAACACCAGAGUCGCAACAAGGACUCUCUUCUAAGCCGCUCAACGUGCCUGGCUUGAAAUCAAAUGUGUCCUCACCAUCCCAUCAGGAGUGGUCCAAGAGACUGUUCUCGUCCUCGGGCUCUACGGGAAGGCUGUUAGCGAGCCAACGUCGAACUUCUCAUGCUUGUGAGAGAUGCCGCCUGAUGCGCACAAGAUGCUCCGGCGAACCACCUUGCACGAAAUGCACAAAAGAUGGUGCGACGUGCGCGUUUCGCGAUCGUAAGAGGGAGCGAAACAAGAAAGACCUCAGCGAAAGCAAGGAGCGCAUUCACGAAUUAGAAAAGAAAAAUGCUGCCCUUCGGCGAGUCUUAGACAACGCUGUGGGCACUUUACCUCAGAGUCCACAAUCGCGUGGGGGCCUGGAUGGUACUAUGUCACAGAGCAACUCGCCGAGAGCUUCGACUUCAGCAACUUCCUCCAGUCACUCGAAAGAUCAGCAAUCACUCAUUCGACGGAUCAAACAAGUGCACGGCGGUGAACGACAUAGUGACAAUACUGUUGGCUCACCAGGCCAUCAGGAUGUGCUGGUACACAGUGUUGAUUAUGGGCAGGGCGAGGGAGCGGCAGGGCUCGUGGGAAAGAGAUCAGAGAUCUCCUGGAUCACUCGGGCUACAAAGUACUUGCGCACCCCUGCAGACGCGCAGUUUGACUGGCACAAUGAACCAGAAUGGCUUUCUAACGAGAAGUACUCCUACUUCAUGGACGACGAAGACGUCCUCAGUAUCGAUGAAGACUAUGUCGAUGCAUUUCAAUUACCGGACAACAUGGCUAUGACCGUCUUAUCGGAGGCCUUCUUUCACGCCUGUCAGGGUAUCUUCAAUUUUGUCGCCAGGGACCAGUUUCUUGACAAAGUCGCGCUAGCCAUGAAGAGACCAAAUCGCCUGUGCUGGGAAGACCGCAGGUGGUUGGCUUUAGCAAAUCUCAUUUGGGCCAUCGCCUCCAAGUGGUUACACAUGGCGAAACUCGCCGAUGACGACGUGAACAUAGAAUCACACCUAGUGUUCUAUUCACGAGCACGAAGCUUGGGACUCGACCAUAGAUUGCAGCAGGACCAUCCGGAUGCGCGUGGUGUCCAAGCUCUAGGAUUGCUUUCUCUCUAUCUAAUGAUCAACGGUUCAAUAAGCAGAGCAUGGUUAGUCGUAGGAAUAGCUAUUCGCCAUGCAAGCAGCUUAGGAUUGCACCUCAAAAACAUGGAUGCAGCACUGUCUCGUGUGGACGUGGAAGAACGGGCUCAUACGUGGCACUCAAUCUACAGUCUUGAAGUGGUUCUAUCGGAAAUUCUCGGACGACCGACGUCUACCUCUGUGGCAGACACGACCGUUCCAAUGGAGCCUUCCGAAGAUACAACACACUAUCAAUCUGCCAGCAAUGAAGGGAGCACUGAAACAAAGGCUAUAUGGGAAGCAUUUCUUCGACGCAACAGGGACGUCAAUCAUAGGGGGAACUCCUUGUCUAUUGACAAUGUUAUACCUACGAUGCAUCAUUUCUAUCACAAUCGUCUUUGCACGAUAAGCCACCGUAUCGAGCGGAGUUUCUACGCACCACAGAUGAAUACUUCAUGGCUGAGUGUCCAGGAGGGCCUGAAUGACCAUCAGGCGCAGCUGUGGGAGUGGGAAAAGAGUCUCCCAGAGGAAUUGAAUUUCUGGAGUGAUGUGGCAGUCGACAGCAAUCCGCGAGCGAAGAUCACACUGGCUCUGUACCACAAAAGUCUCGAAAUGAUGUUGCACAGGACGUGUCUCUGCAAAAUCAGCAUCCCUGACGAGUCUGCCGUGUCCCAGCAAUUCAACAUCAACAGCGGACAGGCAUGUAUCCAGGCUGCAAUGACCUUGGUGGACGUCCUACCAGAAGGGCCUAUUAUGCAUGAAGCAGUCCAGCUCCUUCCUUGGUGGAAUCUGUUACAUUAUCUCUGCCAAGCUAUGGCAGUCUUCGUGUUGGAGCUCUGUCUGGAUGCGAUACAUCUUGACGGGUGUCCCGAUACCCUGGAAGCUCGCAUACUAAAAGCAAUGGCGUAUCUUCAAUGCCUCGCCACAGAGUCGAAAUCGAGCUACAAAGCCUGGAGGAUAUUUCGACGGCUGCUGUCCUACGCGAACGGGAGGGUACCCAAGCUGAAUAUCGCAGAUGUUCCCAUGGAAAUGAGGCCACCCAAAAGCUGGACAGACGGCAACGAGGUGCAGCUUCUGGAGGACCUUUCGUGAUGCGAUGUCAUGGACUGGUUAUGGCGUCCUCGAAGGCCGUGUAAAUUGGGACCUAUCAGCCCUCCAGAAGAGUGAUCAAGCCCAAACGAUGCGUAGAUAGGUGUAACCUUCCCUUCGGACGGGAAGUAAGCUACCAUUUCACUACUUUAUACUAGGACGGUAUGAUCCGCUGCAGCAUUAGGUCCGGUGGAGCACGAUAAGUCUGAGGCGCCUGGCAAACGAAUGCGACUC